AUGCUUUUCAAUUUGACAACCCGGUGUAUUAUUUUUUAUUUAUUGGUGACAAUUUUUUUCAUUAAUUCACAAGAUAUAUUUGAUAUGUUCAAUGAUGUUAAAGAUCAAGUUGCUAAAAAAGUUGAUUAUGCAUCAACAAAAGUAAAAGAAACAGUUCAACAACAUGUAUUCAAUGUCAAAGAUGAUGAAACAUGUCCAUCAACAUUUAAAACUGAAUAUCGAACAGUACUCACUGCAUAUCGUCAUGUAAUCAAAGAUUGGAUUGAAAAAUUUCCUUCAAAAAAUGCUAAAGAAUAUCGUCUUUUGCUUGAAUUAUCUCCUAAUGAAUUUGAUCGACUCAAACAAUUUGCAUCAGCAUCACAUUAUGAACAAAAAGAUGUUCUUCAUGAAGUUCAUGUUAUAACUGAUCUUCUCAAACGUAUUGUAAAUAAAAUAGAAGAAGAUAAACCAUUACUUAGUAAUUUAACAUGGUCAGUAUGGUUACGAUCAUUUGAUGUUAAUGUGAUAAUUAAAAGUCUUUUGGUUCUGAGUGCAAUUGGAGCACUAAGUUUUAUUAGUAUUCGUAUUCAUCUUCGUCGUGGUCGAUGGUUUACAACUUUCUUUAUAGUCACAUUUAUUGUUUCUGUUAUACAAAAUUGGUAUACACUUUAUCAGGAAGCACAAGCAAAAGUUGAUCACGUUCUUAUGAAAAAAAUACCUAAACAUUGUCAAGGUCAAUCAAUGGGUAUAUGGGAUAUUGUUAAAUCUAAUUUUGGUCGAUUUUUUCAAGUACCAACUAAUGAAUGUUUGGAAUAUUACAAAGCAUUACGUGCUACACCUCAUUCACAAGUUACACCUGUUCAAGCUAUAUCAAUGACUUUUGCUCAAUUAUUUGUUACACCACUAGGUACAAUAGGUGAAAGUUUAUCACAAUUUUUUGCUGGUACUAUGCUUCAUGUACCUAUGGCUUUAUGGCCAAUUAUUAUUCUUUUGAUUUUAUUUAUUGUUAUUGUUCUUAUUUUGAUGUAUUCACGAUAUGAAGUACAUUUGCCAUUUAUGAUGGGUUCACUUCGACCAUCGCCUCAUGGUGCUAUUGCAAGAACAAAUAAUAUGGAAACAUUAGAAAAUUCAUUAAAUCAAUCUAAAAAUCGUGUUCAUGAAUUGGAAAAUGAAAUAAAAGAUUUAAAAUUACAAUUAGAAGAAAAAAAUCUUCCAAUUGAACAUAAUGUAAUAUUACCAAUACGUGCUAGUCGAUCAUCUGAUAUUCAAACGCAAGAUGAUAAUGAAUUACGACAACGAACAACAUCAUCAAAUAUUGGCUUUAAAAAGGACUUUCUUCCUGAUUAG